CCUUAUCGUCAGUCACUCGCCAGAUCUGGCGCCGGCAGGUUUCUUUUCGCUUUUACAACCCCGUUUUCAAUAUUGUACUCCUAAGUCAGUUCCGCAAAACCGUGGCCUUCAUUUGUUCCUAUAUCAUGAAGGUGCUCCGAAAAAUCGGUUCCUUCCUGAACGCAGAGUGGUUACCACCGGCAGCAGGUCAAGGAAAAAUGUCCGAUCAAGGGUCGCUCAAGUUGGCCAUCCACCACAACGACAAAGGCGAGGGAACGUUGUAUCGGCUGAAGAAGAACUCGAUACUGCACGUUACCCCGGGACCGUCACUGUUGGGGCGCCGUGUGGCCAUCUACUGCAACUAUCCAGCUGAUGGCAAGGAAUUUGAACGCACAGAAUACCGUCAACUGGAGUGGUUCGGCUCAGGUGGGAUUAAGCUGCUAGACGCAAAUGGCUCGAAAUAUGUUCAAAUCAAAGACGUUGAGUACUACUGCACCGUGCAUCUGACUAGAUCGGGGACGUACCAUUUCUAUGUUGAGUACGAGGGCAAAGAAGAUCAUCAGGCGGGUUUGUACGUUCAGGUCGAACCGAAUCUCACAAUUGGCAAAGGAGAUGCUCUCACACAUCUCCCACUGGAGGCGAUUCGCUGUCAAACAGUCAUUGCAAAACUGCUUGGUCCUAUCAAUACCUGGGAAGCUAAAAUGCUGGUAGCCAAAGAGAGUGGUUACAACAUGGUUCACUUUACUCCGAUCCAGGAGCUGGGAGGUUCACGUUCGGCAUAUUCACUCAAAAACCAGCUCAGGGUGAAUCCGGACUUCCAGAACAACGACAGCCACGAGGUCAGCUUUGAUGAGGUGGACAAAGUGGUACGUAAGAUGCGCGAGGAAUGGGGCGUUGCGUCGAUCUGCGAUAUCGUACUGAAUCACACAGCUAACGAGUCGAUUUGGAUCCGAGAAUAUCCGGAAUGCAGCUACAACUGCUUCACUUGUCCCCAUUUGAGGCCGGCCUUCCUGCUGGAUGCCGUUCUGGCUCAGGUCGGCGAAGAUGUCGCAGCCGGUUUGUUGGAACAGGUCGGUUGCCCGAUGGUAGUCGAAACAGCCGAACAUUUGCAGGCCAUUCGUUGGCAGAUUCAAACCAACUAUCUGCCUAGAAUAAAACUGCAUGAACUUUACCAGUGCGAUAUCGAUAAAUAUGUUAAAAGAUUCAGCGAAGAAGCCGCGAAAUCACAACCCACCCCAGCUCAGGAUGCUCCGGAAGGGGACAUCCUUCUAAAAACUGACUCCGGAUACCAUCGGCUAGGAGCAGAAAUAGAUUUCGAGAAAGCUCUUAAAAUCUACAACGUCUACCGGAAUGAUUGCUUUGACGAGGACACCCGGAAGCGCAAAUGUUUGGAAGCCUUCCGGUCCCGAUUGCAGUGGCUGAACGAAGAAGUGCGGAAGGAAAUCCAGAGCCAUCUGGAUUACGCUAUCGAGAACUGUUUGGCUGGAGCCCGAUACGAGCGAGUUCAGGCUGAUGGUCCUCAGGUGAAGGGAAUCUCCGUGAAGUAUCCCCUGUUUAUGAAGUACUUUACCCAAUACGGAAUCAAGGGUAAAUCGUUGAAGGAAAUCGAGGAGUCGAUGUACAAGGAACCGGGUAAAUUGUUCAUGGCUCACAACGGUUGGGUGAUCAAUGGCGACCCUUUGAACGAUUUCGCUCGACCUCAAGCCGGCAACGGAAACGUUUAUUUGCGAAGAGAGCUGAUUGCCUGGGGUGAUAGCGUGAAGUUACGUUUCGGAGACAAACCCGAAGAUAGUCCUUACUUGUGGAAGCACAUGAAGGAGUACGUGGAUACGACGGCCAGAAUAUUCGAUGGUGUUCGGCUUGAUAACUGCCAUUCAACUCCUUUGCAUGUUGCCGAAUGGCUUUUAGAUUCAGCACGGAAAGUCAAUCCCGAACUGUACGUGGUUGCUGAACUUUUCACCAAUUCGGAUUACACCGAUAACAUUUUUGUCAAUCGUUUGGGAAUUACUUCGCUUAUUCGAGAGGCUCUUUCCGCAUGGGAUUCGCACGAGGAAGGUCGGCUGGUUCAUCGCUACGGUGGAGCACCGGUGGGUGCUUUCUUCCCGUGUCCCAAGCGUAUUGUAGCGCCUAGCAUCGCUCAUGCUCUGUUCAUGGACAUGACCCACGAUAAUCCAUCUCCGGUGGAGAAGCGCUCGAUAUUCGAUCUGGUUCCAUCGGCAGCUCUUGUUUCGAUGGCCUGUUGCGCCACCGGAAGCAAUCGAGGCCUGGACGAAAUGGUUCCCCAUCAUAUUCACGUGGUAGACGAAGAGCGCCAGUAUCAGGAAUGGGGCAAACACGUAGAUAAAAGUACCGGUAUCGUUGCGGUCAAAGAAGUUCUGAACCUGCUGCACGGAGGUCUCGCUACGCGUGGUUUCGAUCAGGUGUAUGUGGAUCAAAUGCAUCCGGAUAUUGUGGCCGUCACCCGUCAUUCCACGCAGAAUCACGAAACGCUGAUCUUGGUAGCUCACACCGCCUUCAGCUAUCCCAGUCCUUGGGCUGGACCGACCAGCGUUAAGCCGUUGCGAUUCGAAGGUGAACUGUUGGAAAUUAUUUUCGAAGUUCAAAUCUACAAAAAAAUCGGUCAAACGUUUGAUCGCCCAACGGAGUACAAAAAGGACGAGCAAUACAUCAACGGUGUUCAGGAAUACGUUGUCGAUCUGCGUAAGAAUCUCAAAAUCGAGGAAUCGGAUGUUUUCCGCAAGGAAGCCAUUAUCGAUGGCAAUUCGACCCAGCUCGACUUUGUGAAUUUGAAACCCGGCUCGGUGGUAGCUAUUCGUGUCGGUCUGAAGGAAAAUGUCCGGCCACAUUUCGAAAAAUUGCAAUCGUUGGUAAAGGAAUUCCACCAUGAUAGCGGCAUUGCUUAUACAGAACUGCAACAUAUGCUAACGAAGCUGAAUUUGAUCGAUUUCAACAAUCUGCUGUACUGUGGAGCUGACGAAGAACGUGAUAAUGGUGGAGGCCCGUACAAUUUACCCGGUUAUGGCGAUCUAGUUUACUGCGGAUUGCAGGGUAUUAUUUCAAUUCUAAGCGACAUUGGUCCGAGCAACGAUCUGGGUCAUCCGUUGGCCAACAAUCUACGUAUUGGAGAUUGGUUAAUCGACUACUGUUCCCAGCGUCUUCUCAAGUACCCGAACCUGGUCCCAGUUGCAAAUUGGUUGGAGAAAAACUUGGCUCCCCUCAAACAAAUUCCUCGGUACAUGAUUCCCUGCUAUUUCGACGUGAUCAUCACCGGUGUUCAUCGUCUCGCUGUCAAUGCUGCCGCCCACCUUAUGGGUGACUUUGUUCGCCACGGCUCAGAUUUCGGCCGUCGUCUGGCGCUGGGAUCGAUCCAAUGCAUUCGGGUGGCACCGUCUGCCCACCUGCCCAAGUUGAGUCCGGACGUAGCGCCUCCAAAACCACCGGCUCAUUGCGCAACUCUGGCAGCCGGUUUGCCUCACUUUUCCACCGGUUAUAUGCGCUGUUGGGGUCGAGACACAUUUAUCGCUAUCCGGGGACUGAUGUUCCUAACCGGACGGUUCGAUGAGGCCCGGUAUAUGAUACUGGGUUUCGGUGGUUGCCUGAGACAUGGUUUGAUCCCGAACCUGUUGGAUGGUGGUAUGAAUGCUCGGUUCAACUGUCGUGAUGCCAUCUGGUGGUGGUUGUACAGCAUUAAGGAAUUUGUCGAGGAAGCUCCCAAUGGAAGGGCUCUGUUGAAGGAUAAGGUUUCGCGGCUGUAUCCCACCGAUGAUAGCGAUGCCAAACUGCCUGGCGAAUGUGACCAACUGUUGUACGAAACCAUCCAGGAGGCACUAACGGUACACUUCCAGGGCUUGUCGUAUCGGGAACGUAACGCCGGUACCCGAAUCGAUGCCCACAUGAAGGAUAAGGGUUUCAACAAUCGGAUCGGUAUCGAUCCGGACACCGGAUUCGUGUUCGGUGGCAACAACGCCAACUGUGGCACCUGGAUGGACAAAAUGGGCUCCAGCGAUAAGGCCGGCAAUCGCGGCAUUCCCUCGACCCCUCGGGAUGGUUCAGCCGUUGAAUUGGUUGGACUGCAAAUGGCUGGUUUGAGGUUCAUGCAGCGUAUGGCUGAGGAGAAGGUCAUUCCGUUCAGUUCGGUGGAUCGGACUUCGAACACCGGGGUGAAAACUUCUUGGACCUACAAAGAGUGGGCAAACAAGAUUGCUGCCAACUUUGAGAAACACUUUUAUGUGGAUGAAAACUGCACCAGUCAGUACGUGAAUAAGCGAGGAAUUUAUAAGGAUACUGUUGGGUCGGAAAUACCUUGGACCGAUUAUCAGUUGAGGUGUAAUUUCCCGAUUGCUCUGGUUGCUGCCCCGGAGUUGUGCGAUCCGAAACACGCGUGGAGGGCUUUGGAAAAUGCUAAGAAGUAUCUGCUGGGCCCACUAGGAAUGAAGACGUUGGAUUGCGAAGACUGGGGCUAUCGUGGCAAUUAUGAUAACUCGAUCGAUAGCGACGAUAAAACGGUAUCGCAUGGAGCCAACUAUCACAACGGACCGGAGUGGGUUUGGCCGAUUGGUUUCUAUCUGCGGGCCCGUUUAAUUUUCGCCAAAGCCAAUGGAGUGCUGAAGGAAACGAUUGCCGAAACAUGGUCAAUUUUGCAAACUCAUUUGAAUGAAAUCCAGAAAUGCCACUGGAGAGGAUUAGCGGAAUUGACUAACGAAAAUGGAGCUUACUGCAAGGAUUCCUGCCGGACGCAGGCCUGGAGCAUGGGCUGCGUGCUGGAGGUGCUAUACGAUUUGGAAAAGUUCGAUAAACAACUGUAGCUCUAAUGUUGAAGGAAAAAAAAUGCAAUACUAGCCGUAGGCACAGUUUAGAGAGUGAACCACAAGUACUGGUCGAACGCUUCGAUUGGAAUCCUGCCUCGAUUGUAGGUUAGUUAGAUUAUGUUUGUUUUCGGAAGUUGAAUAUUUUAUUUAAACCCGUUAAGUUUUCAAAGUUUAUCAACGUUUCCGGGAUCCCGAAGGGAUUACCGCUCUGUGUAGAUGUUUCAUUAGGAAUUGUUCAACCAAAAAUACUGGUUCGGAACAUUGGUAUUCGUUUUUCAAUCAAUUUAGGGAAGAAAAAAAUGUGUACCUCAAUUGUGUCCUAGUGUGCUCUCUUCGCAGAAACAGUGAAAAAAGCAGUGCCAUUUUGUUCUAAGCAUCGGUUGUGUUGAUCGUGGAGAGGCAAAGGAAAGCUAGCGCGUGUUCAGCUGCAUCACAAUAUAGUACCGCAAAAAAUAUCUAGCCUUCUGCCAAUACAACACAACAUACAUACACACAGACACAAACUCGCAUGCAUGGCAAAUAAAACAAAUCAGCAAGUGAUAAAAUUCACUUGCUGAAAAAUAGUGA